CUACGGCAAGCCGCCAGUGACACGCUUUAUUCCGCUUCAGUUUCCAAACAUGAGGCGCUGCUUAUUGAACGUAUAGCUAAAUCUUUGAUGACAGAAGACGUUUCGGACCAUCAGGAUGGCUCUAGAACAGCUCAGUGAUGUAGUCCAGAGAUGUCAAGGAAUCAAGGAUGAAAGCUACUCACCGGAGGACUAUGAUGUGUUCCUCACCGCUGGAAGAACCUGUUUAGAACAAGGCGACAGUGCUCAAGUGCUCAGCAUCCUAGUCGAUGAGAAGAACAAGUGCAUAGUGAGAUGCAUGGGCUGGAAUCUGCUGGGACCUCUGGUACAGAUGCUCCUGAAGAAGGAGGACAAAAACCUUCCCCACUGCCAUGCCAUCCUGUCGCAUCUGCUGGAGGUUUGCAGUCCUAAAGAGCUGCUGGUGGGUUUGUUGGAGCAGGUGGAGGAGGCUGAUUCUGGCUCCAUUGCUGAGACGCUUACCCUUCUCCUCAAGCCUUUACAAACAGUGCUGCUGAGGCUGGGCAUGAAGAAGGCCUCGUCUGUGGGCAUGGCUCUCUCCACGCUGCUCAGCCAGGUGGCCAGACUGCCGGUGCCCGUCACCAAAGAGCAGGAGGAGGAUGAUGUUUUCGGCUUGUGCUGCUGCUGCACUGCUCUUCUGCAGUUUGUGAAGCCCUUUGUUGAAGAGAUCAAGGAGAUCGUCAAGGACAACAACAGAAUAUCCAAGGAUAAUGAGCUCCGAGUGGAACUGCUCAAGUUCUGUAUGAAGAGUUUAAGUGAGCCUCUGCUGGAGGUGCAGUUGAAAGAUCCAGACACACUCCAGAAAUCCCCUCUGAGAGACUUUGCUACUGAGAUACUGAUAAUUUUGUCAAGUAUCGGGGAGUCACUCCCUGAUUUGUUGAGUCGUAAUGUGCUGAAGAGAAGGGAGGUCCCAGGCUUUUUGGAAGAGGAGGUCAGAUACCCAAAAGAGUCGCUGGCCUGCAUGUGCCACCUGCUCUUUGUGAAUCAUAUUGCUGUGGACAUCUUUCCUGCUGUUCUCAGUUCGGUUUUUGUUCUUCAGUGCAACAUGGAAUAUAUCGAGCUGCUGUUAAGCAGAACUGAAGGACCCCGUCUGCAGAAAGGAUUGGAACUGUAUGAAAAAAGUCUUGUCAGAGUUGAAGAUAACAGUCUACCAGUAGAUCUUUUGGAGCUGAAGACGUUUUUCAGUGUUCCACAGAAUUUGAUUAAAGUUAUGACGAUGUGUCCAGACCAGACUUUGAGAACUAAAAGCCUUAAAGUGUUUCAGCUGAGUAUUGACAAAUUCAGCACUGAGGCCAAAUACAAGUUCUUCAGAGGCAUGUUGAAAACAAGUCACCACGCAGGGGUGGAGGGAUACAUUAUCAAGAAUAUCAAGAAUCAGAUUGACUUUUCCCUCAAGCCAUGUAAUGGUAAUGAGUGGUUCCUGGGUAAACAUCUGCUGCCUCUGCUGCGGCUAGUGCUGUGUCUUCCAAACGGAGCGGAAACAGACCUGCUGCAGAACAUGGACAGGAUCAUGGAGUCACUGAACCUCCUGAGAUACAUGCUCAUCCGAGAUAAAGAGUGGGAGAAUGAGACAGGAAUUUGGACGGAGCUUUAUAAGAUUGAGGACAACUACCUGAAGCCAAUGCGGACCGGUCUGAACAUGUCCAAAGCGCAUUAUGAGGCAGAACUGAAGAGCAUGAAAGCGAAUAAGAAGAUCACUUCUAAAGACUCUCAAGCAUCAGUCUGCACAUUAACUGUUGACAAUGAGAAGCUGCCCAACAUGACACCAGAAAUGCAGAUUCAGGUUCUGCAGUCAGCCCUCUUCACAUUUGACCUGAUAGAGAGCGUCUUGGCAAGAAUCGAGGAGAUCAUCGAGGCUAAAGAAAGACCCUUGUCAUGAUGUGAGAGACUGUAUGCGUCUUUUAGCCUCUUCUCUUUCGGUUUACGUAGUCACACUUCUCAAAGCACCAGAGCCAGCUUCCUUUAAUGAUUCAACAGCUAAUUGAAAGUGAGAGUUUUGUGAUGCCACCAGCUCCUGGGUGGGGACAAAAAGCGUGGACUACAUUCGAUUUGCUGUAUUUUAUCGUGUCUGUGUCCGCUCUGGUUGUAAUCACUCUCUUUGCUCUAUAGUAGCAUAUUAUUGUAGUAUAUUUUCAGGGAGAACCUUUUUAGGAUUGAUUUUCAUUGUUUUGGCUUUGUUGCGCAUUUGUUUGACGUCAAAACACUAAUGUAAAAAAGUAAUGUUGAGUCACCUAUAAAAGUAAAUGACAAUGCAAGAAGUUAUUGGAUUAUUACCUGCUGACAGGCUUUGUGUGUAUUGAUCACAAAAACAAACAUGGAAAAAUUGCUCGGAUUAAGAUUGUUAGCUUUUGUACCUGCAUUUUUGCAUCUUUCUGGUCUGUGACAGUUUUUCUGUGGGGGAAUAUUAGGCAGUGUUCUCUUCUACAUUUUGCUACAUGAAACGAUUCCUCAGGCUUUGAAUAAAUACUAUUGUUUCACAGA